AUGGACUGCGGCGGCAGCGGCGGCGAUUGGUUCGGGGUGCGCCGGCUAGCCGAGGCGGAGGUCGUGGCGGCGGCUGCAAUGGCCCGGCGGCCCUCCACCGCGUGGGCAGAGGAGGAGGAGGAGGAGCGGCCGCUGACGGUGGUCUUCGCGUCGCCGGCCGAAAACUUCACGGACGCGGCGCCGAUCGGGAAUGGCAGCCUCGGCGGCAUGGUGUGGGGCGGCGUCGCCACGGAGAAGCUCCAGCUCAACCAUGACACCCUGUGGACCGGAGCGCCAGGGAGCUACACCAACCCGGACGCGCCGGCUGCUCUCGCGGCGGUGAGGGAGCUCGUCGACCAAGGCCGCUUCACCGAUGCCACUGCGGCAGCCACACGCCUCUUCGGUGGCCAAUCGGAGGUCUACCAACCUAUGGGUGAUGUAAACCUGGAGUUGGGCGGUUCUGACCAGCAGCAGGCGUACAACUCCUACAAGAGGGAGCUGGAUCUACACACGGCGACAGUGCUCGUCACCUACAGCGUCGGGCCGGUGCAGUACACGAGGGAGCACUUCUGCUCGAACCCGCAUCAGGUCAUCGUUACUAGGAUCGCCGCAAGCGAGCCAGGGCACGUCUCCUGCACGCUGUCGCUGAGCAGCCAGCUAAAGAACACCGUCACUGUGACCAACGCUAAUGAGGUUGUCAUGGAGGGCGUCUGCCCAGGACAGAGGCCUCCUGCUCCUGGCCUGCUGCUGAGGAAUAGCAGCAGCAGCAGCAACUCCAUCAGCUCCAGUGAUGACGACGAUGUAACAACAGGAGGCAUCAAGUUUGCGGCCGUUCUUGGUGUGCAGAUGGGUGGGAGCGAAGCGAAAGCGGCAGUCCUGAAUGAUCAGAAGAAGCUGAGGCUUGAUACUGCAGAUUGGAUUGUGUUGGUCGUUGCUGCUUCAACCUCAUUUGAUGGUCCGUUUGUCAGUCCUUCAGACUCUAGGCUGGAUCCCACGUCUGCAGCUGUGGCUACACUGAAUCGUGCUAGAAGUCUGACGUAUGAACAGCUGAAAGCUGCUCAUUUGGAUGAUUACCAGUGCCUCUUUCACCGUGUUACCUUGCGACUUUCGCCACCAGGAGGAAAAGGGACGAUGUUGAAAAGAGGAGUUGGUACUGAUGAAGGAAUCAUCAGAACUUCUGCAGACAGGGUGAAGAGUUUUGCUACUGAUGAGGAUCCUUCUCUCGUUGAACUGUUAUUCCAGUAUGGACGCUAUCUUCUCAUUUCGUGCUCUAGGCCUGGGACUCAAGUAUCCAAUCUGCAAGGAAUCUGGAGCCAAGAUGUUGCACCAGCAUGGGAGUAA